ACCGGGAAAAUAACAAAAAAAAUGUCGGUGUGCAGAAAUGCUUUUCAAAAACUUCACAGAGCAUAUCCAUCUCUCAACUUGAUGAUACAAGUGAGUAAGGAUCUCAAUGCUGUGCAGGUUGUUCUCCCAGGGCUUAGGUUUGAUGACAUCAAUCAUACAGGUCAACCAAAUAUGGUGACCAUGUUUGAUAUGAUGAGUCAUGUGGAGACGGCUUCCUUUGGUCAUGAACCAUCCUUUCUGGACUACCUUGCCUUACGUCAACAGAAUCUCCGAGUGUUUGUCAAAGCCUGCGUCAUGGACAUAAGCAGCGAAUUUUAUGAAACAACAACUCCUAAAGCACCUUUAGAUGUCCAGGUGAAACUAACAGACAUUGGAAAUAGCACUUUUACAACUACAAAUGAGCUGUUCUGUGGUGGGGACCUUAACCCAUCCAUAAGGACAAGAAGCGUGUAUGCAUUUACUAACAAGAAAACUAGUCAGCUUGAACCUGUGCCAGAUUGGUGGAGAAACAGAUUCACUCCCUUGCUGAAAUCGCCAUCAGGGAACAACAAACCUUUUGUAACUACUUCACCAAAGUCAGCACCAACCCAUAUGAACUGUUUCACAAUACCUCUCAGUGACACAGAUCACAAUGAACGUACAAGAUGUGCAUCAUAUUUGAGAUAUUUUACUGAAAAUACAAGUGUUGCCUCAAGGAAAGAACUUCUUAAGCACAUCAAGUCGUCAUUCCAUGAGUUCCAUAUCAAGAGGCUAUCAAUGUUGUACUUUGGUGCAACAAAUUGGGGAGACAUGCUUAUAUCGGAAACGUGGCAGGGUGAAAAACCUUUGAAAAUAAUGUGUGAGAUUAGUAAAGAUGAGAAUCCUGUGUGGUUUGCAGAGAUGGAACUUUAUGACAAGGUUUUUGGGCUACCGGGACUUGAGACAACACACAACUCAACUUCAUGAAUGCAAAAAAGUUAUAAGGGGUGUUCAUGUGAAUUACGUUUAAAACAAAAAGUAAAGUCAGAUCUUUCCCAUACUGUCUCCAUAAUCAGACCUUCGGUUAGAACUCCACUGUAUAUGUCUAUAUUUUAUCAGAGUCAAGCUGGUUCUGUUGUGAUUAUCCUUUGCUGCAUUACAACCAUGUACAGGGAAAACUUUAAUUCAUGCUGAAAUUAUAGAAGUGAAAAUUGGAACACCCCUCAAUAUUACUUCUGUCAAAAGGAAUUUUAAUUGCAGAAAGUGACUGGAUUUUGUACUAUGAUUAAAAAGGAAGUCAGGGUAUUGAAAUGGUAAUGCAACAGAUAUUGAAAUAGAAAAAUAUGCUUAAUGAAAAUUCUAUUGCAUUUGUACAUUUCAAUUUACAGAGAGCAAACACUACACUACAGCAACAGGUAUUUUCUUUCCCAUCAGACAAAGUGAACCUCUCCAGAACAAUGAUCUCUUUACAACAGACACAUUGUCUUUCCAUUAUUGUUGACUUUUAAGAGAUGUACUAUACAGAAAAAUUUGAGUAUCUUCAACAUUCAGUAUUUGCAUUGCAUUGUUUUUGAAAUUCAUUUUUGACUAAGUAAUAGUGAUUGGGCCAAUAGGUCAUUGAACGUUGCAUGUAAUAUAGUGGUUGGGCCAACAGGUCAUUGAACGUUGCAUGUAAUGUAGUGGUUGGGCCAACAGGUCAUUGAACGUUGCAUGUAAUGUAGUGGUUAGGCCUGCAGGCCAUUCAGCAUUGCUGUUAUAGUGUUUGGGCUAUAGGUCAGUGAACAUUGCAUGUAAUGUAGUGGUUUGGUCUACAGGUCAGAGAACAUUGCAUAUAAUGUAGUGGUUGGGCCUAAAGGUCGGAGAACAUUGCAUGUAAUGUAGUGGUUGACCUACAGGUCAUUGAACAUUGAACAUUGCAUGUAAUAUAGCAGUGGGGCAUGUAGGCCAUUCAGCAUUGCUGUAAUAUAGUGGUUGGGCUGUAGGUCAAUGAACAUUGCAUGUAAUGUAGUGGUUUGGUCUACAGGUCAAAGAACAUUGCAUGUAAUGUAGUGGUUGGGCCUACAGGUGAUUGAACAUUGCAUGUAAUAUAGUGGUUGGGCAUGUAGGCCAUUCAGCAUUGCUGUAAUAUAGAGGUUAGGCUAUAGGUCAAUGGACAUUGCAUGUAAUGUAGUGGUUUGGUCUACAAGUCAGAGAACAUUGCAUGUAAUGUAGUGGUUGGGCCUAAAGGUCAUUUAACAUUGCAUGUAAUGUAGUGGUUGGGCCUAAAGGUCAUUGAACAUUGCAUGUAAUGUAGUGGUUGGACUUCCAGCCCAUUGAACAAUAUUUUUACAUUGCAUGUAAUAUAGCGGUUGGGCCCUCGGGCCAUUGAACUUUGUAAUGUAGUGGUUGGGCCAUCAGGUCAUUGAACAUUGUAUGUAAUGUAGUGGUUGGGCAUAAAGAUCAUUGAACAUUGUAUGUAAUAUAGUGGUUAGGCCUUCAGGCCAUCAGACAUUGUAGUAAUAUAGUGGUUGGGCCUUCAGGCCAUUGAACAUUGCAUAUAAUAUAGUGGUUGGGCCCACAGGCCAUUGAAUGUUGUUGUCAUGUAGUAGUUGGGCAUACAAAGUUUCAAACAUUGUAGUAAUAUAGUGGUUGGGCCUACAGGCCAAUGAACGUUACAUUUGAAUUAGUGGCACAUCGGCAUGUUCCUAUUUAAUGAUUUUCAGCAUAGUUAUGAGCCUUGAUUUGUCAGAUACUAUGAUGUCUGCUACUUCUCCUUUACCUCUGCUUGGAAUUCCAGCAAGUUACACAGGAACAAUCAGUGCCAUGCCUUGUUUAUAUCAUUGGAAGGUUAUGGUUCAGUUAUUUUCACUGAAGUAAUGGCCCUUAAUUUGUGGUUUUAUAAUGUCUGCAUACUAAGUGGUGGGAGACAUUUUUUUUCAUGAAAAACAAUCUAGUUUUCAUUUAUUUGAUUAAAAAAACAAGACAAAAAUGUACUGUUUACAUCUUCAUGAACUUGUUCACAAAUGGAGGCUGCUGUACAUCCUUGUGAGCUUGUACACAAAUCUAGGCAGCUGUACAUCCUUGUGAGCUUGUACACAAUUCUAACAGCAGUACAUUAGCAUGAGUUGUACACAAAUCUAGGUAGCUGUGCAUUCUAGUGAGUGUAUACACAAAUUAAGGUUGCUGUAUGUCCUCUUGAGUUUAUAUACAAAUUAUGGUUGCUGUACAUCAUUGUCAGCUUGUUGUAGACAAAUCUAGGUAGCUGUACAUCCUCAUGUGCUUGUACACAAAUCUAGGUAGCUAUGCAUCCUCAUGAGCUUGUAGACAAAUCUAGGUAGCUGUACAUCCUUUUUAGCUUGUACACAAAUCUAGGUAGCUUUGUAUCCUUGUUAGCUGGUAAGGAAAUCUAGGUAGCUGUGUACAUACGUGUGAGCUUGUAAACACAUCUAGAUAGCUGUGUACGUACAUAUGAGCUUGUAAACAAAUCUGGGCAGCCUUAUACAAUGUACAUACAUGUGAACUUGUAAACAAAUCUAGGCAGCUCUGUACAUACAUGUGAUCUUGUAAACAAUUCUAGGCAGCUGUGUACAUACAAAUAAGCUUGUAAACAAAUCAGGGCAGCUGUGCAUAUACAUGUCAGCUUGUAAACAAAUCUAGACAGCUGUGUACAUACACAUAAGCUUGUAAACAAAUCAGGGCAGCUGUGCAUAUACAUGUCAGCUUGUAAACAAAUCUAGACAGCUGUGUACAUACAUGUGAGUUUGUAAACAAUUCUAGUCAGCUGUGUACAUACACAUAAGCUUAUAAACAAAUCAGGGCAGCUGUGUAUAUAUGUGAGCUUGUAAACAAAUCUAGACAGCUGUGUACAUACACGUGAGUUUGUAAACGAGUCUAGGCAGCUGUGUACAUACACAUAAGCUUCUAAACAAAUUUAGGCAGCUGUAUACGUCUUAGGCAGCUGUGGACAUCCUCAUGAGUUGGUACAUGAGCUGUUAAACAAAUCUAGACAGCCAUGUACAGAUUUUUCAGCUGGUCAAAUGUAAGUAGACUUCCGAUAUACAACUUGGCAGCUGUAUAUAGUCUGUUGAUGUAGGAAACACAACUAGGUAGCUACAUAUAGUCGCACUUGUAAAUAAGUUUAGAUGACUUUCAAGCAGUAAAUGAAUACGGCUGUAUAUAGUAGUUAGUUUUAUGAAGAAGCAAAAAGAAACUAGAGCACCCGUGCACAGUUUCUUGGAGAUUGAAAAGGCUUCAUUUUAUUCACCAGCUUUUGUAAUGUUAAUACGGUAACUAAAAUGUUUUACUUCCAUUUAAAGUUUGAGAUUAUUUGGUGGGCAAAAAUGUAUUUUGUUGUGUUUUGAUGUAAGUUUACAUUUGAUUUUUAUACGCCCUAAGGGACGUAUUAUGUUAUGGUCCCGGUGUCCGUCUGUCUGUCCAUCCAUCCAUCCGUCCGUCCGUCCAUUAGCUAUUUCGUGUCCGCUCUGUAACUCUUGAACCCCUUGAAGGAUUUCAAAGAAACUUGACACAAAUGUUCACCACACCAAGAUGACAUGCAGAGUGCAUGUUUUGGAUGUCUCAUUUCAAGGUCAAGGUCACACUUAAAGGUCAAAGGUCAUUUGAGUGUGUUUUGUGUCCGCUCUGUAACUCUUGAACUGCUUGAAGGAUUUCAAAGAAACUUGGCACAAAUGUUCAUCACACUGAGACGACAUGCAGAGCGCUUGUUUUGGAUGACUAGCUUCAAGAUCAAGGUCACACUUAGGAGUGAAAGGUCAUAUAUGACUUUGCUGUGUCCGCUUUGUAACUCUUGAACCCCUUGAAGGAUUUCAGAGAAACUUGACACAAAUGUUCACCACACCAAGACAACAUGCAGAGUGCAUGUUUUGGCUAUCUUAUUUUAAGGUCAAGGUCACACUUAGGGGUCAAUGGUCAUAUGAGUGUGUUUCGUGUCCGCUCUGUAACUCUUGAACUGCUUGAAGGAUUUCAAAGGAACUUGGCACAAAUCUUCACCACACUGAGGCGACGAGCAGAGUGCAUGUUUUGGAUGACUCACUUCAAGGUCAAGGUCACACUUAGGGGUCAAAGGUCAUAUAUGACUUUGCUUUGUGUAUAUUGCUCUGCAUUGCAGUGCUCUUGUUUUUAUUUGGCAAAAUACCUUUCUGUUCUCUUACAAUAAUUUUUUUUUUAAUUACUUCCCGUUUUUAUUACUAUAAAUAGCCUAAAAAUACUUAUUUUGAAUUUUUUUUAUUAUUGGCAGUAGGGAAAAACUUAGACCACUUUUCUGUGGUACAACAUGGAUGGUACAUCCAAUUUUUAGAUGUAUUUUGACAUAACUUUACCUAGUAAGAAUUUUUUCUUGGACUUGGGCAUAUUUUUUUUUUGAAUUUCUUCUUUUUGUUGUUCCUGUCCUUUGUGUUUCAGUCAAAUUCUUUAAAUUUUGCUCCCAUCCUCUGAUGUAACCCUUCGGGCGUAUAUUGCCCCGCUUGGCAGCGCUCUUGUUAAAAAAUAAUUCCAUCUUAAAUGAACUGUUUUAAAGUUGCUCCAAAAACGGAUUGAAAAGGGUUCCCAGUUUCUCAUAGAAGCUGAAAUUGACAGAGAAAACUGAAUUCUCUUGAAAAAUUAUGUCUGAUAUUGUUGUAACAGUAUGGAAACUUGUUCCACAUAUUUUACGAAGACAUGUGAAUUUUCACACUUAUUUUCUUGUUGUUAACUGUAAAAUAUUAGCAUAUUUCAUUGAAAAUUUGAAACACCAUUUAAAGGGACUGGCCUCCAGAUAGUUCGACAACAACAAAAAAAUACCUUUUUUAGAUAUCUGGAAAUAAAUGCCAUAUUUCUUAAGAAGGCUUUGAUACUUAUUACUGACAAACUAUAUGUUAUGGAAACACAUGAGAAUUUGCUGUUUUAACUACUUUUUACAAUGAAAAUCAAAAAGCGUUUGUAACGCUUUACUCCAGGUAAACUGUCUUGAUUAUAAAUAUCUAUAUUUUGAAGUCAUAAUUCACUAAAUCCGCUAUAGCGCUAUUGGUUACAAUGAUGGGAAAAUGUCUUUAUUGCCGCGGUGGUCCGGGAUUCGAUUCCAGACGCGGUCAUCCUUUCUUUAUUUGGAAUUUUUAUAACAUUUUAGAAACAAAAACUCAUCUUCUAUAAUGUUCAUAAGUUGACCAAACUUCAGUUUGAGAGAAAGAUUAUUUUUAGCCAAUUCUGGAGGUCAAUGCCUUUAAUGAUAACUUAGAUAAAACAUAACAAAGAUAACAAUUAGUUAAUUCUUGAGCUGUGAUAGUUGCAAAAAGGUAAUAAAACAA